UCGUUUUACGACAUGGCACUUGACGUUCAGAGAACACUGUAAAUGAAGGACAUUUGUGUGAGUCUGGACGUUUGAACUGUAUUAUUGUCUUUACUUGCCUUUCACACACUGUAAAUCAUGCCUCGAUAUGAGCUUGCCCUCAUUGUGAAGGCCAUGCAGAGGCCGGAGACCGCGGCCCUUCUGCGGCGCACAGUGGAGACCUUGAUGGAGCGGGGCGCUGUGGUGAGAGGCUUGGAGAACCUUGGAGAGAAACUUCUACCGUACAAGAUAUCGAAACACAACGAGCGACACUCGCGCGGUGGAUACUUUCUGAUUGACUUCCACGCUGCUCCCGGUAUUGUCACGGGCUUGCUGGAUCAUCUGGAGCGGGACAUUGACGUGGUGAGGCCCACGGUCUUGAAGAAGGAUCCGGAGCCUUCCAAUGGACCCUGUUGCGGAUCCCAGGUGGCAUCAAAACCCCAGGACACAGCGCAGAAAUGAACGGUCAUCAUAUGCUUGAUGUCCACUAGAGCUCUUUCUAGUUGCCCAGUUUCUGCGACACAAUGGGAAGUGGAUCGCAUUUGAUAGCCAGGCUGUUUCUGCUCUCUUGCCAACAACCUAUAUAUAGAAGACAGGGUUUUUCACAUCCUGAGUGAAGACUCACAUCAUCAUCGUCAUGUUCAUUAGGCACCAAACGGAGGAAAAUCGACUGAAACAGGGAGGCACUGCCUGAACACAGAACCGUCGGAAAUUUACAACGCAUCAUUGAGAACGUUUUUGGCAUACACAACAUGCACACACACCUAGAGAAUUCAUACCAUCCAAUAUACUGUAAUACUAUUUCAGUGCCAUCUGCUUUAAGGGUUGAUUAAAUUACUUCGCAAAUUACAAACUUGUAAAAAUA